AUGCUUUUGCUGACCUUCAAAGACAUCACCGGUCCCAAGUCGGCCACAAAGGCAAUUUUGGUUAUCUAUGAUAUCUUCGGAUUCUUUGAGCAGACAAUUCAAGGUAGUGAUAUCUUAUCGGAUUCAGACGAACAAAAAUACCGUGUGUUCAUGCCCGACUUUUUCGAGGGCGAACCAGCCGAUAUCACCUGGUUUCCACCAACAUGCACUAAGCACGAGAAGAAUCUUGAGACUUUCUUCCAGACGAAGGCCACACCCGAAAAGGCUCUAGCGAGGCUACCAGGAAUUGUAGCUGCGGCAAAUAAAUUGGCCGCGAGUGGAGAGUUCGAGUCUUGGUCCAUUCUGGGGUACUGCUGGGGAGGAAAGAUGGCUUGUCUGGCUUCCGGCCAAGGAAGUCCAUUCAAGGCUGCCAUUCAGUGCCAUCCAGCCAUGCUGGCACCAGAAGAUGCAAGAUCGGUGACUGUGCCGAUGGCAGUUCUCGCUUCGAAGGACGAAGACGGGAAGGACGUGCAGUCUUUCUGCAACAACCUGCGGGUACCUAAUUAUGUAGAGACAUUUUCCACACAGAUCCACGGUUGGAUGGCCGCCAGAUCAGAUUUGCAGGAUAUCGAGGUCCGCAGGAAGUAUGAGCAGGGGUAUGAGACCGUUUUGAAGUUCUGUCGUAAAUAUGCAUAA